GCGCCCCACCUCGGCCCGCCCGCCGGCGCCUCGCCGCCCGCCCGUCCGCCCGCCCGGUGCCCCGGCCGGCGAGGGGCGCGCCCGCUGCAUGGCGCUGAGAUGGCGGGGGCGCCGCGCGGCCCAGGCGGCCCAGGCGGAGGCGGCGGCGGCGGCGGCGGCGGAGGCGCGGGCGAGCCGGGGGGCGCCGAUCAGACGGCCGGACCCCGCGGCCGGCGCGGGCUGCGGGCGUGCGGCGAGGAGUUCGCGUGCCCCGAGCUGGAGGCGCUGUUCCGCGGCUACGCGCUGCGGCUGGAGCAGGCGGCCGCGCUCAAGGCGCUGGCGGUGCUGAGCCUGCUGGCGGGCGCGCUGGCGCUGGGCGAGCUGCUGGGCGCGCGGGGCGCGGCGCGGGGCCUGGCCGGGGGCUCGCACCCCGUGCACUUCGUGCUCUUCCUGGCGCUGCUCGUGGCCACCAACGUGCGCGCGCUGCCGGCGCCGCGGCUGCAGCAGGUCGGGCGCCUGGCGCUGCUCCUCAGCCUCACCUUCGCGCUGCUCGGCUGCCCCUUCGCGCCCGGCGUCGCCGGGGUCCCCGCCGGGGCGGCCGCGGACCAGGGCGUGUGGCCGCUGCUCCUGGUCACCUUCGUGGCCUACGCGCUGCUGCCCGUGGGCGGCCCGCUGGCCGUCGGCUUCGGGCUCGCGGUGGCCGCCUCGCACCUGCUGGUCACGGCCACCUUGGUGCCCGCGCGGCGCCCGCGCCUCUGGAGGACGCUCGCAGCCAACGCCCUGCUCUUCCUGGGCGUGAACAUGUACGGGGUGUGCGUGAGGGUCCUGGCGGAGCGCGCCCAGCGCAGGGCCUUCCUGCAGGCGCGCACCUGCAUCGAGGACCGGCUGCGGCUGGAGGACGAGAACGAGAAGCAGGAGCGGCUGCUCAUGAGCCUCCUGCCCCGGAACGUUGCCAUGGAGAUGAAGGAGGACUUCCUGAAGCCCCCGGAGAGGAUUUUCCACAAGAUUUACAUCCAGCGGCAUGACAACGUGAGCAUCCUCUUCGCGGACAUCGUGGGCUUCACGGGGCUGGCGUCGCAGUGCACGGCCCAGGAGCUGGUCAAGCUGCUCAACGAGCUCUUUGGCAAGUUCGACGAGCUGGCUACGGAGAACCACUGCCGGCGCAUCAAGAUCCUGGGGGACUGCUACUACUGCGUGUCCGGCCUCACCCAGCCCAAGGCCGACCACGCCCACUGCUGCGUGGAGAUGGGCCUGGACAUGAUCGACACCAUCACGUCCGUGGCCGAGGCCACCGACGUGAACCUGAACAUGCGCGUGGGGCUGCACACGGGCCGCGUGCUCUGCGGCGUCCUGGGCCUGCGCAAGUGGCAGUACGACGUGUGGUCCAACGACGUGACCCUGGCCAACGUCAUGGAGACCGCGGGCCUCCCGGGGAAGGUGCACAUCACCGAGGCCACGCUGGCCUGUCUGAACGGCGACUACGAGGUGGAGCCCGGCCACGGGCACGAGAGGAACAGCUUCCUGAGAGCCCACAACAUUGAGACAUUCUUCAUCGUGCCCUCGCACCGGCGCAAGAUCUUCCCGGGGCUGAUCCUCUCGGACAUCAAGCCGGCGAAGAGGAUGAAGUUCAAGACGGUGUGCUACCUGCUGGUGCAGCUCAUGCAGUGCCGCAAGAUGUUCAAGGCCGAGAUCCCCUUCUCCAACGUCAUGACCUGCGAGGACGACGACAAGCGCAGGGCCUUGCGAACGGCCUCGGAGAAGGGCAGGAACCGGCUGUCCUUCUCGACCAACGCCGCCUACACCGCGCCCGGCACCCGCGUCAACAGGUACAUCGGCCGCCUCCUGGAGGCCCGGCAGGCGGAGCUGGAGAUGGCGGACCUGCACCUGCUCACCCUCAAGUACAAGCAGGCGGAGCGCGAGCGGAAGUACCAGCAGCUCCCGGACGAGUCCUUCACCAGCGCCGUGGUGCUCGCCCUGGUCCUGGCCGCCCUGUUCGGCCUCGUCUACCUUCUCAUCAUCCCCCAGAGCGUGGCCAUCCUGCUCCUGCUGGUGUUUUGCAUCUGCUUCCUGGUGGCCUGUGUCCUGUACCUGCAUAUCACCCGGGUCCAGUGCCUCCCGGGCUGCCUGACCAUCCGGAUCCGCACCGCCCUGUGCACCUUCAUCGUCGUCCUCAUCUACGCAGUGGCCCAAGGCUGUGUGGUGGGCUGCCUGCCCUGGGCCUGGAGCUCCGGUCCCAACGGGUCCCUGGUGGUGCUGCCGCCCGGCGGCCUGGACGCCGUGCUGCCCGCCCCGCCCUGCGAGUCCGCGCCCCAGGCCCUGCUCUGCGGCCUGGUGGGCACCCUCCCGCUCGCCCUCUUCCUGCGGGUCUCCUCCUUGCCCAAAGUGGUCCUGCUGUGCGUGCUCAGCGCGUCCUACAUCCUGGUCCUGGAGCUCAGCGGCUACACCAGGGCCGUGGGGGGCACCACGUCUGGGCGCAGCUUCGAGCCCGUCCUGGCCGUCCUGCUGUUCUCCUGCACGCUGGCCCUGCACGCCCGGCAGGUGGACGUCAAGCUGCGGCUGGACUACCUCUGGGCCUCGCAGGCGGAGGAGGAGCGGGACGACAUGGAGCGGGUGAAGCUGGACAACAGGAGGAUCCUCUUCAACCUGCUGCCGGCGCACGUGGCGCAGCACUUCCUGCUCUCCAACCCCCGCAACAUGGACCUGUACUACCAGUCCUACGCCCAGGUGAGCGUCAUGUUCGCGUCCAUCCCCAACUUCAACGACUUCUACAUCGAGCUGGACGGCAACAACAUGGGGGUGGAGUGCCUGCGGCUGCUCAACGAGAUCAUCGCCGACUUCGACGAGCUCCUGGACAAGGACUUCUACCAGGACCUGGAGAAGAUCAAGACCAUCGGCAGCACCUACAUGGCCGCGGGGGGGCUGGCGCCCACGGCCGGGGCCAAGGCUAAGAGGUGUGUCUCCGCCCACCUGGGCGCGCUGGCCGACUUCGCCCUGGAGAUGUUCCACGUGCUGGACGAGAUCAACUACCAGUCCUACAACGACUUCGUGCUCCGCGUGGGCAUCAACGUGGGGCCGGUGGUGGCCGGCGUGAUCGGGGCGCGCCGCCCGCAGUACGACAUCUGGGGGAAUACCGUCAACGUGGCCAGUCGGAUGGACAGCACGGGCGUCCCGGGCAGGAUCCAGGUGACGGAGGAGGUGCAGCGGCUGCUGCGGCCUGGCGGCUACCACUUCCUGUGCCGGGGCAAGGUCAGCGUCAAGGGCAAGGGCGAGAUGCUCACCUACUUCCUGGAAGGCAGGACCGACGGAAACUCGCAAGCCAGGCCCCCGAACUCGGAGCGGAAACUGUGUCCCUACAGGAGAGCCGGCCACCAGACCGGCCUGGCCGCGGGCCGCCCCCCGGCCUCCCUGGCCGGCCUCCCCGUGGGAGCCGGGCUGGGGGCGCCGCAGGGCUUGGGGCUGGGCCCCCGGCCCCCAGGCCCACACCUGCCCCCGGGAGCGGCCGGGAAGGAGGCUUAGCUGGGGCGCCGGGCAGAAGGCUCAGGGCCUCGGGCACUCGGUCACUCCGGCAGGAGCAGCCCGGCCGGCAGAGCAGGGCUGGGUCGUCGGCUGGGCUGGGAAGGGGCGCCGUCCAGGCCGGACCCAAAGCAGCUGGGCAGUGACUGGGGGCGGACCCCGCCCGCACGGACUGAGGCCGCCUGGCGGCUGUGACCUGGGCCGGUCGGCCGGCAAGGUGAGCGGUCAGACCUUCGGGACCCGCCAGGUCGCCGAGUGGUCACGAGCCAGCCUGCAGGAGCCGGGGUGGCCCCGAGGGCGGGUGGGGCCUUGGAUGGACGGUUUGAGGAGAACUGAGGGGCCCGGGCCUGCAGCCACGUCUCUGCGUGUGACACGCGUCCCUCUGUGCGGGCCCCCUGCCGCCUGAAGCCGGGGCGCCCUCGCUCUCUGGGCCUCUGGGCCGUGGGUCGGUGGGUCCGACUUUCCGAGUGGCGGCGGACGCGGCGCCAGGCUGUGCUCGCCGUGAAGACCCGCGACGCCCAUAGCCGCGAGCAGCUUCCCGGACAGAAGGCGUUUCUCCGGCAGAACCAGCCCCGGACGCGUGUUUCAGUUUACGAUCCUGGAUCCAGGGGUCUCUGCUGCAGAAGGCGGGACGGUGACGGCAGGUGGGCGCGGGGAUGCGGGCCAGGCCGGCCUCCGCAGUGAGCGUGGUGGGCCUCCCUCCUGGGGUCCCGCUGUGUCGGCCAGAGCAGAUGGGGGCAGGUUGUGGCCCCGCCGUGGACAGGCUGCCGCACACACGGGCGCUUUGCAGGGGGUCAUGGGGUGCAUACGCUACCUGGGGCUCGCGUGGCCUCGUGUCCCCUCAGAGGCGGAGGAGGGUGCAGGCCAUCCCGGGAUGAACGGCUGUAGCCCAGGGAGGUGAGGGCACCCCAGCUGCCACCUCCACGAAGCGUUCGUCACCCCACAGCCACAGGGGCCGAGUUCGGCACCUGCCCCAGUGAGUGGGGGCGGGUGGGCCAGGUGGCAGCCCAGCUGGACACACACACCAGAUGCCCCGUGAGACCCACCCGUCACCUGGCCGGGGGCACCUGGUCCACAGAACCACGUGCAAAGCCGGGAAACGCUCUGAGCGCACCUCAGCGGCCAGGCCCCGGCGGGGGACGGC